UAUUUUAAAAAUCUCUGUGGUAUAUCUGUGAUCCAUUUUCAAAGACUUACAUCAUCAGUGGGAACACAUGGGCUCGGGGGCUGAGUGUUACAGACCUGCUGGGGAAGUUGCAAAGCAUUAAGCAACAGACUAACAUAGCAUUGUUUUGGUCUUGUCAUGGGAUUUGUCACAAUAACAUAAAUAUUGAAUAUCAUCAUCCUCAUCCUUGAAGUCAUAGACUUGUCUACCAAUUAAAAUGAUCAACUAGUAGAUGUGUCACAUGGAUGUCUUUCAAAGGGAUCGAUGUUUGUGGUUCAGCUGGUUUCUUUGAUUUAUAAUGUUCUUUUUCAAAGUAGAGCUUUGUUAUUGCAGUAUGUGAGGUCUGAUUGGUAUCCAGUGAGUUGGAAGGAUUGCAGAGAUUGUGUUUGAUUAUAGCUCCGUUCAGCAUCAGCAUGAGCUAGACGGCACUUCCAGUGGGUCCAAUUACAGCACAUAUCUAAUUGAUGUUGGAGCUAAACGUCGACUCGGCCUAUGAAAUGGCAGGGAGAGAGACUUGGCAAGGUCUCUACCUGAGCAGCAACCUGCAUGGUCAAAAUAACAAUUAGCCCAGGCUCAGCACAUGGUGAGUCAUCCUGGCAACCCCAGGGUGAGCCUCCUGGCGCUUGUGUCCAAGCUGUUGUCUUGAUAAUAUAUGCAGGCACUUCUUUUCAUCAGGAGAGGGCAAUGUUCACAACCUAACUUCAGAUGUAUUGCACUGCCAUGGAGAGUUCGUCGGUGUACAUGUGCUUCCCCUGCUACCAGGAGUUCAACACCCUGGAGGAGGUACUGGAGCAUCAGUUGACAUGCACUGCAGAGGAAGAACAGCCGGUAACAUCUGGAACCACCCCUAUCACAGUUCCACUGCUACAGACGACUCGGCAACAGGUAAUAAAUAUAUCAAAGACAGUCACAGUUCCACAGAUCCAAAUCCAAGCAAUACACUCCCCCACGCAACCUGUUGUCAAGGAGGCUGAAGUAAGCGAAAAUGUGACCUCAGACCAGCCCAGGAUCCUCUACCAGUGUGGGGACUGUGAUGAACUUUUCAAGACCCUGGACCUUUGGCAACAACACCGUAAAGAAGAGAUAUGUCAGCAGUCAAAGUCAAUACCGGACACUCAACCAGAGCCAGAGACCGAUGCAGCUCAGACCACAGAUUUACCUUUAAAUCCAGAUUAUUGUUCUCCCUCGAGGAGUGAAAGUAGUGAAAACCUUAAAGCGGAACCACUGGAGAAUCCCAUAGUAGGGGAAGAGGGGCAGCAAGUUACAGAGACCUCCUCAGCUCAGAGCUCUGAUCCUCCUGUUUCUGAGGUGGCUGCUUCAACCUCGAAUCAAGAGGAUUCCCCCAGGAGGAGAGGAGCAAAUAAAAAGCCUAAGCCUGAACCAGUGCUGCUGUGUGUGGACUGUGGCUCAUGCUUUGGCCUGGUGUCUGAACUCGUGGCCCACCGCAAGACCCAACACGGCUUUGAGGAAGCUCUGCAUCGCUGCUCUGUGUGUGGGGAAAGCUUUUUAAACACCACGCUUUUUCUUUACCACCGCAAGCAACACCGACAGAAAGGCGAGGAAAAGGUGGCUGUGAUUUCUGAAGAGACAUCAGAGGAAGUCUGCACUCAGAGCAACGGGACUGACGAGCAGGGCCAGGACGCCUCUUCCUCCAUCAUUCCUGUGCCCUGCAGUUUCACACAGCCCGAGUUGUUCAUGUGCACCCAGUGUGGGGAGAGCUUCAGCGACGAGGGAGGGCUGGUUUCCCAUCGCAAGCAGAAGCAUGGCCUGAAGGAGCCGCUACACAGUUGCCCUCACUGUGACGAGAGCUUCAUGAACACCACCCAGUUCCUGUAUCAUCGCCGGCAGCACCGCUUCACAUCAGGGACAGAGGAUGGCGCAGAAACUGGGGAUCAAACAGGUGCCGCUAACCUUCAGGAUACCCAACAAAGCUCAAAGCGGCUGCUUUCCCCUUCCUCUGCUACUGAAACAGGUUCCUCUCUUGCUAAGAGAAGAAGGCCCACUUUCAGGAUCUUGAGUGGCGGUAGUCCUCUCAAAGGAAACAAGGGCAGCAAAGACGAAUCAGAGGGCGUUACUGCGGCAGACUCGGACAACACCAACCACCCUCCGCCUGCCAAGCUGCUGCAGGACUGGGCCCGCACGCCACUACCCCAUGUUUGCCCCUACUGUGGCAAAACCUUCACCCGACGCGUCUUCCUCCGCACCCAUGUCUACAGCCACACCGGAGAGAAGCUUUUCACAUGCAAGGUUUGCACAAAGUCCUUCACCAACUCCCAGAGCCUGCUGCGCCACCUUAUGAGCCACACGGACACCAAGCCCUUCAGCUGCGAUGUUUGUGGCAAAAACUUCUCCCAGGCAGCCACCCUGAAGAGACACCAACGCAUUCACACAUCGACAGAGCCUCGUCGCAAGCGUGGACGCAAACCGCAGGUGUGUACUUUGGACAGCGAGGGAACUGCUCAUCUCUUCGCUUGUCCCAACUGCCCGUCACGCUUCAACACGGAGGAUCAGCUGGAACAUCACAAACUGCUCCACACCAGCCAUCCUUUCCCUUGCCCUGAAUGUGGAGAGGCUUUUAAACGCAGAAAGGACCUGGACCUGCACUCGCUCACACACCAAGACAAGCAGCCAGCCAUGUGUCCUCACUGUUCAUCACAGUUUGUGAACCAGUCAGUGCUGGAAAUCCACAUGCAGCGUUGCCCUACCACAGACGAGGACAAGAACAUCGGCCGUGGGCGGGGUCAAGGCCGGGGACGAUGCACUGGACAGGUUGAGUGUGAUCUAUGCGGCCACCGCUGCAUGACCCAGGAGGGCCUCGACCUCCAUCGGUUAUCCCACACGGGCCAGACGCCGCUCAAAUGCCCAGUGAGGCCUUGCCGCCGCCGUUUUACCUCCAACAGCACCCUGGAGGAGCACGUGCUGGCCCAUUUCCAAGGAACGGCCAACAAGUCCAAAAACCGACCCCGCUUCCGCUGUCAGAUUUGCCACAAGGAAUUUUACUACAAUUCCACCUUCAAUGUUCAUAUGAGGACACAUACUGAUGAGAGGCCCUUUGAGUGCGCCACAUGUGGCAAGCGCUUCCGCCAGCUGCCCCACCUGCAGGACCACGAGCGCAUCCACAGCGGCUUGCGACCUUUCUGCUGUUGGAUUUGCGGCAAGAGUUUCAGCGUGGCCGCCCGGCUCACCGAGCACGCCCGCACCCACAGCGGCGAGAAGCCCUACCCCUGUACCCACUGCCCCGCUGCCUUCCGCUCUCGCUCCAACCUGGAUAAACACAUCCGGCUACACGGAGACCUGCCUAUGGAGGAAGCUGAGCAGGCAGCACAAGCAGCCGAGGCGGCCCAGGUCCAGAAGGUGCUGGAGGGGGCCAAGGUGCUGUCCUCUCUGGCCACCACUGGGGAGAUUGAUCCCAGCCAAGUGCAGACCAUCUAUGUACUGCAGGGGGGCGAAGGAGGUACGGAGACGGUAAUGAUCCCGUCUGAUACGUUCAGCGGCAUCGACGGCAACUCGCAGGUCGUCAUCCUGCCCUCCUCUGUUCUGGGAGGUCAGACCAUUACUGUACCCACAAUCACCAUGGAUGCAAAUGAAAUCACAAUGGUGGAGACGGGCCAGUCACCGCAGCACUCCAUUGAGUUCAUUGUGGAGGAGACUGUCUGAAUGGCAGAUUUAAAAACUGGACAAGACAACGUUGUAGAAAGAUUAGUUCAGAAUAUAGUAAAUUUCCAUGAUUGAAGCAUUUGGAGUGAUUACCUUAUAUGUAUAUAGUUUGAUAGGUUCCUAAGGCAGUGUAAACCAAACCCUGUGUAGUAAUACAAUUUUUACAGCUUUUGUUGAGCAGAAAAUGUAAUAACGUUGUUCAGACUGUGUAAAACUAAUGAAUCAAAGGUUCAUACAAGGAUUAAAUGCUCAGCAGAACAGAAUGUACCUUAAAUUAGUCUUUCAAACUGAUUGAAAAACGGAUUGUAAAAUUGGCUCUAGAUUGUAUACAGCCAGGCAUUUACAGCCCCUAUUUAUUAGGGGAAGACAAGUGGUAGCCCAUGAAAUCUCUUCUGCUUUCUUUAUAAUAAAACGCUUCAGCUUUCA